CAAAUAUGGCGUUGCUCUCCCUACUACGGAAUCUUCCCAAUCAAAACAAAAUGAAGAAAUUGCGAUGUUUAGUCAACACUAAUCAUGCUUAUGUAUUACUAAGACAGACAUUUUCAUCGACAUGUACGAAUCAGAUAAAUGGUAUCAGUGAACCCCAAAAAAUACAAUUGAAAUAUGAAAUUGAAAACUACAUAAACAAUCACAAAUACACUUUGAUUGCUGCCACAGCUGAUGUUUGUAAACAAAAGUUUCAAGAACACGUGAUUGAAAAUAAUCUAGGAGAACCAUUCACUAGCAGGAGUAGCAUAUGGCAAUUUCCAUGGAAGCUAACUCAAAAAGACAAACCAUUUAUUUACGAAAAUUCAGACAAUAUAUUUGCAAGAGGUUAUGAUGCACUUGAGGAUUAUUUACAUGGUGAAAAAGUUGACCAUCAGGCGUGGGCUGCUUUCACAGCACUGGAAAGAUUUUAUAACAAUAAGGAACUCCAUGAAAGAAACCUUGCUCAGCUAAACAGCAUGAACCUGACAAAGACAGAAACUGCAUCAUUAUUAACUAGACACCUUCUUUCCCAGCUCCUUUAUAAUCCGACAAAUCACAUUAUAGAUGCAAGCUUGUCUGGAGACCAACCAUAUGAUUGUGGCGCUCCAGUACAAUUUGGAUACACACAUUUUGGAAGUACCCGUCUUUUUUAUGGAAAUGCAGAUAUCACAUUGUUUCCAACAACCAAGGACAUAUAUUUAGGUUCUCAAGCAAAUACAGCUGCUGUAUUUAAUAUUGGAGAACCAGAAGAAAGUCCUGAUGUAAACAGAUUACACCCAACAUGGAAUACUGAAGAUGAUGAUAAUGAUGAGGAAGAAGAGAUCUGUGAUGCAAACAAUGGUGAAAACUUAAAUGAUGCAGACAUAAAUAAAGUUUGUAAACAAGCCAUCUCUUUGUCAAUGUGGAAACAUAAACAAAGGGUCUUGGCCUACAAUGGAAACAUGGACUAUGGUUUGUCGAUGGUGCCUGUCUGUGCCAUUAAUAAACACAAAUAUAUGGUGGCUUUGUAUUAUGCUCAGCAUGAUUACCUAUUGAAAAUGCAAAAGAAAGACUUUUUACAAAUUUUCGACAAGGACAAACUAGAAUUUUCUACAAUUAUUAACCUCUGGAUGUUAACCCAUUACAAUUUAUUCUGCACAGAACCGUCUGAUGAUGCUAUCCAAAUCCUUAAAGGCACUGGUGGCUUAAUAAAAAUAUUGGGAGAAGAGGAGUUUAAGGAUGUUGUUAAAACUUCCAAAUUUGAUUAUGAUAUAGAUCCCAGUGGAGAUGAGUUUGAGGUAGACGUGCAGAAUGAUUCGAUUCCUGCUUCAGGAGCAGGAAGAUCAAGGAAAUAUCCAAAGAUUAACCAAGAGCAAUAAAGAAAACAAGACUCAAAGGUGUAAUCAAUAGGGAAAUGGAUGAACUGGUUUAGUGAGAACUUAAUGAAUUUUACAGAACAGAAGAGAUUGUCUGUGAUAUUGACUAAAA